AAGUAGUGCAAGCCCAAGGCGACACGUGAAAGCCCAAGACAGCAAGCUACCUUUGAUGGGCUUUCCCCCUUAAAAAAAAGAGUUAAUAUCGUGUGGGCCAAUGGCCCACAUAUCAGAUAUUAAACUGAUAAGAACAGAUACUACACUUGAUCUUAGCCAAAAGGCCGAGAAAGGUAUGACUAAUCCAACAGGCCGCCCACGUUAUUUGUACCACCCGAGAGGAGCUCGUUUCUUCUAUCUAAACGGUGUGGGAAAAACGCUGGAAGGGUUCUCAAUCCAAAACCUUACUUCUUCCCGAACUUCCGAUUACCCGACCCUUUUCUUCAACCUCUUCACCUCGGGGAUUAAUUCAGGGAUUGUGAAGAACGAUGCAUGUGUGUGGCCUUCAAUUGGGAGGCAAAGGCCAACAAGUAUUGAGGAAGCCAUUGUUAUCUUCCAGGAAAUCUCUUUACUCGUAUUGCUGGGCAUCAUCCAUCAAUUGAGGAAGUGCCAUGGCAACAAAUUUGGGAUGUUAUCCAUGCCGCCACUUGGAUGCCGGAGCUACCCGCAUCUUCCUUCACCAUCACCCCAACUGCUUUCAAACCACCGCGAAAAUCUUCUGCGGAUCUGCGUCGUUGCGGAGGAAGCAAAGGCGGACAAGACGGCAGCAGCAGCGUCUUCACCUCGUCGUCACCGCUCAGCUUCCCCACGCGCCCUCCUUCAACACCACCGGCUUGGAUUUUCAGAUUUCCCAAUCACAGUCGCCAUGGAUUGGCCCGCUACCUGGGGACAUUGCAGAAGUAGAGGCUUAUUGUCGAGUUUUCAGGGCAGCUGAACAGCUGCACAAUACGUUAAUGGACACAAUAUGUAAUCCAGUGACCGGAGAAUGUGUUGUCUCAUAUGAUAUCCCAUCAGAAGAUAAACCAUUUUUGGAAGAUAAAAUAGUUUCUGUUCUAGGUUGCAUGGUCUGUCUUCUGGACAAAGGGAGGGAGGAAGUUCUAUCAGGAAGAUUGCUGAUUAUGAACGCAUUCCGUGAUGUUGAUGUGAUGGAUGAUAAACUUCCUCCGCUGGCAGUUUUUAGGGGAGAGAUGAAAAGUUAUUGUGAGAGUUUGCAUGUUGCGCUUGAGAACUACUUGACGCCUGAUGAUGCUCGAAGCGUUAAUGUGUGGAGAAAACUUCAAAGACUGAAGAAUGUAUGUUAUGAUUCUGGCUUCCCUAGGGGAGAUGAUUUUCCUGCUCAGACAUUGUUUGCUAACUGGUCUGCAGUUCAUCUUUCAACUUCAAAGGAAGAGACAGAAUAUGAGGAGGCUGCUUUUUGGAAAGGUGGUCAAGUUACAGAAGAAGGUCUAAAAUGGCUAUUGAAUGAAGGGUUCAAAACCAUUGUAGAUCUUAGAGCUGAGAUUGUAAAAGACAAUUUCUAUGAGAACAAGCUGAGUAAAGCUAUUAUCUCUGGUUCCAUUAAUCUGAUUAAACUUCCAGUUGACAUUGGUACAUCACCAUCGAUGGAACAGGUUGAGAAGUUUGCAACUCUUGUCUCUGAUUCAAGAAAAAGGCCAAUAUAUCUUCACAGUAAGGAAGGAGUUUGGAGAACAUCUGCUAUGGUCUCCAGAUGGAGGCAAUUUAUGGCUCGCCACUCUUCACAGACUGUGACAAAUCAGAGAGUUCGACCCAAUGAAAACUUACCACAUGUUGGUGUAGAAAUAAAGGAUCACUUGCUCACAAGCUCAGGAGAAGAUCAAGAAGAACCCAACCCAACAAAAUCAUGGGACGUAAACUCUUCCACCUGGGAGCUUCCUAGUCAGAAUUCUGAAGACACAGAAAAUAAAUCAUUGAACAAGAGCGAAGUGAAUAAUUUUUCUACACUCAAGUUGGAUACAGCAUUUCCAGGGAGUGAAAGUUUAGCUGUUCCGUACAGAAAAAUAAACCCACUUGAGUCACAAUUGCCUCCUUCAAACGUAUUCUCCCAAAAAGAGAUGUGUGCAUAUUUCAAAAAUAGAAAGAUUUCACCAGCAAUUUUUUUCACCCACGAACAUGAGCGAUUGGAGAUGUUGCGUUCCUCGAGAUAUGACAACAAUGAGAAAUUUGGGAUAACUAAUGCCACCACUUCUAAAGCUGAAUACAAAACGAUAGAAUCAGAUUUCCCAGAUGUGUCAUACAACACUAAGAACAUCUGUAGAAGUCCCCCAGUUUCUUCUGCUGAUCUUGGAACAUAUGGAGGUCCCAAUGGUUCUUUCGAGAACCUCUGUGAUGGAGAUGUGUUUGCCAUGAGCCAAAAUGGGGAGUUUGUUAAUGCAAAAGGUAAUUUGGACAUAAAUGGCAUCCCUGCAUCCGUUAUAACCCCUGUGUCUUCAAGUGAUGAGGAGUUGGAGGUGGAAGGCGAUAUGUGUGCUUCUGCAACUGGGGUUGUUAGAGUGCAGUCAAGAAAAAAAGCCGAAAUGUUCCUAGUGCGUACAGAUGGAUUCUCUUGCACUAGAGAGAAGGUAAAGGAAGCAUCCUUGGCCUUCACCCACCCUAGCACCCAGCAGCAGAUGCUUAUGUGGAAGUCUGCCCCAAAGACUGUACUAUUAUUGAAGAAAUUGGGGCAGGAACUUCUGGAAGAAGCCAAAGAGGUUGCUUCUUUCUUGCAUUAUCAAGAGAAAAUGAAUGUUCUGGUUGAACCUGAGGUGCAUGAUGUUUUUGCAAGAAUCCCAGGAUUUGGGUUUGUGCAGACAUUCUAUAGUCAGGAUAGCAGUUGUCUUCAUGAGAGAGUCGAUCUUGUUGCCUGCUUAGGAGGAGAUGGGGUUAUACUUCAUGCAUCAAAUCUAUUUCGAGGUGCUGUUCCACCUGUUGUCUCAUUUAACCUAGGAUCUCUUGGAUUUCUAACUUCUCACAGGUUUGGUGAUUAUAAAAAGGACCUGAGACAUAUCAUCCAUGGGAAUAGUACUCUGGAUGGAGUGUACAUCACACUUAGAAUGCGACUUCACUGUGAGAUAUACCGAAACGGAAAGGCAGUGCCAGGGAAGGUGUUUGACGUCUUAAAUGAAGUUGUGGUUGAUCGAGGCUCUAACCCCUACCUUUCAAAAAUAGAGUGCUAUGAACACAAUCACCUCAUAACAAAGGUGCAAGGCGAUGGAGUGAUCAUUGCUACUCCGACAGGAAGCACAGCUUACUCUACAGCUGCAGGGGGGUCCAUGGUGCAUCCGAACGUUCCGUGCAUGCUUUUCACGCCAAUUUGCCCGCACUCACUCUCCUUCAGGCCAGUUAUACUUCCAGAUUCUGCCAAGCUGGAACUAAAGAUUCCGGCGGAUGCACGGAGCAAUGCAUGGGUGUCAUUUGAUGGGAAGAGAAGGCAACAGCUCUCCCGAGGCGACUCCGUGCAGAUAUGUAUGAGCCAGCAUCCGCUCCCCACUGUCAACAAAUCCGAUCAAACUGGGGAUUGGUUUCACAGCUUAAUCCGUUGCUUGAAUUGGAAUGAGAGACUGGACCAGAAAGCCCUCUGAUGGGCCCCCUUGUUUUGUUCACACUCACAUUUCUCCUCCUCUUCUCUGUAAAUUACGGCUACAUAUGUAUGGUGUAACCAUAUCAAUUAUUAUUCUGUUGCGUUCUGUGUCAUAAAUGAACGUAACACCGGUAAUUAUUCUUUAAGCUCAGUGGUAUAAAUUCCUUUUUCCUUA